CACCGGCAGCUCCUCAGCCCUGACUCAGACCGUGGCUCCCUGCGGCCGGCGAUGGAGGUGUCAGAGGAGACAACGGGCGCCCUGAAACCCUGCCUGCUGCGGCGCAACCGGAACCGGGAGCAUCACGGUGUGGCGGCCGCCAGCCUGGAGGAGCUGAAGAGCAAAGCUUGUGACAUCCUGGCCAUCGACAAGUCGUUAGAGCCAAUCACUCUGGUCCUGGCGGAGGAUGGCACCAUCGUGGAUGAUGAAGAUUACUUCCUGUGUUUACCUGACAACACCAAGUUCGUAGCGCUCACUUGCAACGAGACAUGGAAAUACAGCAAUACAGAUGGGGGCACAGCAUGGGUCUCCCAAGAAUCCUUCGAUGGAAAAGAUGAACUAGACAGCAGCAGUGAGAGAUGCAGGUGGAAGAACCUGGCCAGACAGCUCAAGGGAGAUCUGUCCAGCAUCAUCCUCCUGGCAGAGGAAGAUCUUCAGGUGCUUAUUGACGUUCCCUGCUCAGACUUGGCCCAGGAGCUCUCCCAGAGCCCUUUGAGAACCCAGGACCUCCAGAACACACUCCAACAGGUGCUAGACCACAGAGAAGAAGCCCGGCAGUCCCGGCAGCUGCUGCAGCUCUAUCUCCAGGCCCUGGAGAAGGAGGGCAGCAUCCUGUCGAAGCAGGCGGAGCCUGAGGCUGCUUUGGAUAAAGGGAUGGAUGAAAUGGACACAGGGGUUGCUGGCUACAUCACACUCUCCAGUCACGUCCUAAUGGUGCUGAAGGAAAAGUCCUCCCCAGAGCUGAGCUUGUCCAGCCAGGAUUUAGAGUUGGUGACCAAGGAACACCCAGAGGCUCUGGCUCGAGCGUUAAGCUGGGACCCUGAGACGGCUGAAGCAGUCCAGAGAGCCUGUCAGCAGCAGCUCACCCUGCGUCUGCAGCAGGUCCAGAGCCUCAACGCUCUCCACAGUAUCUCAGCCAGGAAGAAUUCUCUGACCGAAGAGCCCGUGAGCCCUAAACGGGCCAAGUGAGCCCCCCUCCCUGCCUCACAUCCCGACCAGCAGCUGCUGCAAGUCUGGAUCUUCCUCGGGGACAUCAGCAGGAACUCGGACUCUGGCUACUCACCCUGUCCAGCCCUCCUCCACCCCCUGUCUUAGGGCUUCUCAGUGAUGGGGACAAGGAGCUGGAUAGAUGGGCCAAGAAGCUCAGACCCCAUUGGGAAAAGCCAUCAUGGGAAUAUAUUUACAUCCUGAGCAACCGAGACUCUGGUCGUUUUUAGAAUCUUUGGGCUACAGAGAUGAGAAUAUUACCUCCCAAACUGUAACUGUGGGCUCCUGCUUUGUUCACAAAGAAUUCUAAAAGAGGGGGCUAUUUCUGAGUCACCGUCCCUGCCCUCACCCUGGGCCAUCACAGAAAAGCCCGAUGGGGGAUGGGACGUAGAACAUGCUCAGUUGGGAAGGUUGGGGAAGGGAGGUUUUUCUUUUUCAAACUGAUGGGUUUUCACUUCAACAUUUAGGUUAUUUUAAGUCUGCAGACCAGGAAUAGCUGGAGGUGGAAGGGGCUGGGUAUUGCACUCCUAAUGCCUAAUCCAGAGAGGUAGCUGGCCCUGGAUGUCAGGAUGACCUGAGUUCAAAUCUCACCUCUGACACCCCCUGGCAGUGCGACCCUGGACGAGAUACUUAGCCCCUCAGUGCCCCAGGCGGAGAAGGUGUUGAUCUUCGUUGGGAGAGGGAAUUUUCUCACUGGGAGUUCUCUGCACCACUGAAAUUAGAUGCAGGCCCAAAACAAAUACAGUAAGAAAGUUCUGCAUACAUUAUUCCAUUUGAUUCUCACAUCCACCCUGUGAGGCAAGUGCUAAUAUUAGCUCCAUUUCAUAGAUGAGAAAACUAUGGCUCUCGUGAAAUGACUUGACUGUGGGUACAGAGUUAAGAAGUGUGUGAGGCAGAAUUUGAACUCAGGUUUUAUUCCAAGUCCAGUGCCUAGCCACUACCAAACUGUGUAUGAUACAUAUAUAUGUAUACUGCAUAGCCACCACUGUGCUAUAUAUAGUGCAUGUAUGUGUAUACUAUAUAGCCGCCACUAUGCUGUAUACAAUGCGUGUAUGUGUAUACUAUAUAGCUGCCACUGUACUAUAUAUAAUGCAUAUGUGUAUAUACAUAUAAUAAAAGGUUACAUAUUAUGAAAUUGGCUG